GAUGCGUGACCUACGUCUGCGAGGAACAAGGGAUCGCCUUCACAGGGGAUGCUCUCUUGAUACGUGGUUGCGGAAGGACGGAUUUCCAGGGUGGCUCGUCCAGGACACUCUACGAGUCCGUCCACAAGGUCAUAUUUAAUCUGCCGGCCAAUUAUAAACUUUAUCCCGCACACGAUUACAACGGCAAUACCGUCACGAGUGUGGCGGAAGAGAGAGCAUUAAAUCCGAGGUUGUCCAAGUCCAUGGAGGAGUUCACGAGGAUCAUGGACAACCUGAACCUGUCCUACCCAAAGAUGAUAGACAAAGCUCUACCGGCCAAUAAAGUUUGCGGACUCUUCGACGUGUGCGACGAGAAGGAGCAGUGAGACCCGCCAGGGUGGAGGGUGCGAUUCCACUUCUCCGAGAAAACAUCCAUACCUCGUUAAAGGGACCUCCGAAGUUCACCCUCCAAUCAUUGACCUCCCAGAGGACGAAGAAAGGGCCCUGAAAGGUGAUUCCGACGAUGAGAGCCCUCUUCGAGCCUAUUCCAACAAGCAGGCGGUAUU